AUGCAGUCCUGCACAGUUGGAGACAAGGUUCUGUUUUAUCACUCUUGUUGCAAGCCACCUGGUGUAGUUGGACUUGCUACGGUGUGCCGUGAAGCUUAUCCAGACUACACAUGUUGGGAUGCCAAACACAGUGCCUAUGACCCAAAGUCGACAGAGGCAAAACCCAGGUGGACAAUGGUCGAUAUCCAAUUCGUUCGAAAGCUGAAGCGACUCAUCAGCUUGGAUGAACUCAAGCAGCAUAAAGAUGGGGCUCUGAAAGAUUUGGCAUUGUUCAAGACGAGUCGUUUGAGUGUGCAGCCAGUGUCUGCAGACGAAUAUGACUUUAUUGUGGGGCUUGAGAAUGUGACAGAAGGAGAAAAGAAAGUCAAUGGAGAUGAAAAGUAA